AUGUCAUACGGCGAUAAAAUAAUUGACCAUCUUCAAAACACUUCCAUGAAAGAAGAAGUAAGUUGCAGAUUGGACAACACUGACUCAUCAGAAGUAUCCACCGCAACACCAGAUUAUGAAAUGAUGGAGUACCUUCAGUUAUUUCACGUAAAGCAAGAAGUCCGUAAAUACUUGGACGCGCAGCAAGAAAUAAUCGACUGCUUGAAUUUGAAGCAAGAAGAAGCCAACUGCUUGGACGAAAAUUGCUCGACAGACCAAGACAAUCGCAUCAAUCCAUUCAGCCAUGUCGGCGCGACGAAAAAUCUGAGGAUGCUCUACUGUCCGUACUGCAAAAUAUCGAUGCGCUACGUUCCCCUCAAGACUCCCAAGUGCUGCGAGAAGUGCAGAGCGAAGUGGCUAUUCCAGUGCGGAACUUGCGACAAGCUCUACAAGGAGAUGAAAUCGUUGAGGGAGCACGUGAAACACGUGUGCAACAAGGAGCCGCGUUUCUUGUGCAAUCAGUGCGACUAUAAAUCCCACUACGAGAGGACGUUGAAGACGCACCAGCUUACCAAACACCCCAAGUGGUCGAAGAGAGUCGUGUGUCCCAGGUGCGGGGAAACCAAGCAGCAGCAGUACAUAAGGAAACACAUGGAGACAGUCUGCGGCAUCAAAGAUCCCGACCUAAUUCAACAGGUUUGCGGGGUGUCCAUUACCCGGGGAAAUCCUAAGAUUUGCCCGCACUGCUCGAGGGUAUUUAAGAGGAUCGAUCUUUAUUUAGAGCAUAAAGCCAUGUUUGGCGUUGUUGAUAAUGAGUGACUUUAACGAUCAUACUCCAGCUUUUUUUAUACAUAUAAUUUUGAAUCAACUGUUAAAAAUGAAAGAUGACCGCCAGAAAAUGUUUUUGAUCAGUAAAUAUAAUGAUAGUGUAUUAUCAAAAUAUACUUUGUUUAAAAAUGCUCCGAGUUCACUAUCGAGUGAAUAACAUGAUCUGAUAAGGAUGAGUACACUUUUUAUAAAACCAAACUGUUACAAAACUAAAAAUCAGAAGAUUUUUGACUAAAACUUAUUUUUGAACAUGCAUUUUCGAAGUGUUAUGGCAUUGUUAACCAUGCUAAAAUAAGUAAAAUAUUUGAUGAUACUUUAAUUAACUACGGAGAAUUUAUAUAAUUUUAAGAAAUAAUGCUUGAAAAAUUCAUUCUCUAUUAUAUAGUUUAUAAAUAUAUAGUUUAUUAUCUCCAACUUAUUGUUCAAAUUUACUAUUUUUGUAAUAAAAAAAUACGAAA